CCUGGGUCUUGCAAAUUCAUCCGCUCAUUCACGUCUCGUGAACCUCUGAGAAGCUAUUCCUUUUCUAGAAAAUUUCCCUCCCUUUCUCUAACCGCUUAUUCCGCCGUCGAGAAAGUUCCGCUGCUAGGGUUACGAUCUCGUUCGGCCGCUUUACAUACGGAGCAGGAAGCCAGGAAGACGUUUUGAUUGCUCGAAGGCUUUGAUAGAGGAGGAUUAAACGACAGUUGAUCGUUACAAGUUUCAUAUUCCAUAUUGAUCUGUGUAAUGAACUGAUGGAGUCUAAAGGUGGGAAAAAGAAGUCUAGCAGUAGUAAAUCCUUGUUCUACGAGGCUCCCCUGGGUUACACUGUAGAGGACGUUCGACCAAACGGAGGAAUCAAGAAAUUCAGAUCUGCUGCUUACUCCAACUGUGCUCGCAAACCAUCCUGAGGUCCCCGGGGCUUUUUGAUAACCACAAUCAGUGGUUAAAUUAUAGUUAGUUAGAAGAUAUCAUCUGCUCUUUCAUACUUUCCUUCUUCACUCGUCCUCGCUAUUCUCUAAUUUAAAACAGCAAGCAUUUUCUCUUUUGAAACAACAAAAACCUCUCUUUUGGAGCAACACAAACAUCUCUGUGUUUGAUUGAAGUCAAGAUGGCCUUGUCAACCUCUGCAAUUGGAUUUGAAGGCUAUGAAAAGAGGCUUGAGAUCUCAUUCUUUGAGGCUGGAAUAUUUUCUGACCCUGAAGGCCGGGGUCUCCGAGCUCUUUCUAAGGAGCAAUUGGACAAAGUUCUUAAACCAGCUGAGUGCACUAUUGUCUCAUCAUUAUCAAAUAAUGAAGUUGAUUCCUAUGUUCUUUCUGAAUCCAGCCUCUUUGUGUACCCAUACAAGAUUAUCAUUAAAACUUGUGGCACUACAAAGCUCCUACUCUCUAUCCCUCCCAUCCUAGAGUUGGCGGAUGGACUCAGCCUCAAAGUGAAAUCUGUGAAAUACACUCGUGGGAGUUUUAACUUUCCUGAGGUUCAGCCAUAUCCGCAUCGUAAUUUCUCUGAAGAAGUUGCCAUUCUUGACGGUUACUUUGGUAAACUCGGCACAGGUAGCAAAGCCUAUGUGAUGGGUGGUGCUGGGAAACAGCAGCAAUGGCAUGUUUACUCUGCAUCUGCUGAAUCUGCAGAAAACACAUUUCCCAUCUAUACCUUGGAGAUGUGCAUGACUGGCUUGGACAAGAAGAGUGCAUCUGUGUUUUUCAAGACACAAUCUAGUUCUGCUGCUGUGAUGACUGAUGCUUCAGGCAUUAGGAAAAUUCUUCCUGGAUCAGAUAUAUGUGAUUUUGAUUUCGAACCAUGUGGAUACUCAAUGAAUGCUGUUGAGGGUGGCACAAUUUCUACAAUUCAUGUGACCCCAGAAGAUGGCUUCAGCUAUGCAAGUUUUGAAGCCAUGGGUUAUGAUUUCAAAGAUGUGAACUUGGAUGCCCUUAUCCAGAGAGUGUUGUCCUGCUUCCAACCUGCUGAAUUCUCUGUUGCUUUGCACUGUGACUCCAUUGGAGAGAAGCUCGAUUCUGUGUUCGAACUUGAUGUGAAAGGAUAUGCCUGUGGAGAAAGGAGCUAUGAAGCCCUUGGCAAGGGAGGCUCAAUUAUGUACUGUGGCUUCACUAGUACUGGUAGUUGUGGAUCUCCGAGAUCAACCCUGCUCUGCUGUUGGAGUGAAAACGAGGACGAGGAAGGAGAGAAGAAACACUUCUAAUCAGAUGAUUCUAGUUUUUCUUCUCUAUUAGUAUUUUUUAUAUUAUCUACUUGCCUGUUGUGGAAUAAAGAUUCUGUUAUGUGGAAUCAUUAGUGGACAAUCUAGUAGUCCACGUUAUGUGGUCAUUUCAGACAUUUAUCGUAUUCAGAGUUCAUUUGUUGUUGUUGAACAUGUUGUGAUGGUAAUAAACUUGAGUGCUUAAGUAAUUU